CCUAGCCACCUUAAUCACAAAGCCUCCGUCCAUGGCAGCUCAAAGUAUUCCAUCUCCUCCACCACAUCAGUCUCAAUCUUCAACGCCUACUUUGGCGAGCAUGCAAUCGGAAUCCCGGCCAGUGAUUUCCCUCCAACAACCAUCAAGUAAGAAAGGGUCGUCGAAAUCCUCCAAGUUGUUUAGAAGGUUUCGCUCCGUUUUCCGAUCAUUUCCAAUCAUAACCCCGAUGUGUAAGAUUCCGGUCACGCUCCAUGGUAACCGUCCACAAGACAACCAUAUCCAUGGAGGGACUCGGAUGACUGGAACCUUAUUUGGGUACCGUAAAGCUAGGGUUAACCUUGCCAUCCAAGAGAACCCUAGGUGCCUCCCUAUUCUAGUACUUGAGCUUGCGAUAACAACAGGAAAGCUCCUCCAGGACAUGGGGUUGGGGCUCGUUAGGAUUGCUCUGGAAUGUGAAAAGCGUCCAGCAGAGAAGACCAAGAUCCUGGAUGAGCCAAUAUGGACAUUAUUUUGUAAUGGUAAGAAAUCAGGCUAUGCCGUAAAGAGGGAACCGACAGAUGAAGAUUUAAUGGUGAUGCAAACGUUGCAUCCUGUUUCGAUGGGAGCUGGCGUGAUACCAAGCGAGGCUACGGAGAAUCCUGAUGGAGAGUUGACAUACAUGCGUGCAAAUUUCGAACGGGUUAUCAAUUCUAGAGAUUCAGAAACUUAUUACAUGAUGAAUCCGGAUGGUAACUCUGGCCCUGAACUCAGCAUAUUCUUUGUCAGGAUUGGAUGAACAAGUUAGAAAUUAGUUCAACAAUUCAAGACCUUGGGCUUCCAAACGAAGGUUAAAUCAGCUUUGUCUAUGCUAAUGGAGGUUGAUUUGAUCAAACUCAACAUUUACAAUUCAAGGGUGCAUGAGGAAGGGCAUUAAGUUCCGGAUAUGCGGAGUAUUCCUAUGUGAAAAUGUUGCUGGUGAAGGCUAUUUUAAGGAGUUGAAGAGCAAGAGCCAUGGAGGAAUAAUGAUUUUAAGAGGCAAAUUGACUCUUUGUAGCCAUCAAUGAGAGAAUUAUGUUUG